AUGUCUACUCCAACGCUGAUCAACUUGCCUCCUCCCCCAUCCGACCCCGUCACUCCAUCGGAUAUGGGACCAGGCACUCCCAAUUCCGGCACUACAUCGUUAUCCGCUCUCUCCACAACAGCUAUCAAAGAUGGCCACCAAGGCCAACCAUUUUCCCAUGGCCGCCAUACGCACCAGUCCUCCACAUCCUCCACUACAACACUAGAGGCUGAGCGUGCAGACCGAAUUUCCCGGCUAGCCGGCCUUGAGCGCGUUGCCACAGCCCGCGCCGGUGGCCAGACAUCCUCCGGUCCAGUGCCUCUGCCGUAUGCUCCAGGAUACUUUGAGAGUCAAGCACUGAGGGAGCGCAGCACAGUCGGCAGCGCCAGCGCGACGGGCAGCAUCGCCGGACGCACAACCUGGGCGAGCAGUAGCGACACAUACGACGCCGACAAAAUGAGCGAGGAUCACGAGGACGACGGCACCUCCAGUGUUGGUAACAUCAGUGACGAGGGCAAUGCCAGUCUGGUUGGCUUUGGCGAGGGCGCCAACAGUACUUACAGUGGGCCGAUUUCUCGUCCGCCUGCAAUGAACCGUGUGUCCUCGGGAGGUCUUGGAGCACGACCUACUUCUAUUGGGAGCUCCAAUGUCAACCGUCCAAAUCCAUUGGCUUCAUAUCUUCAGCAGCAACAGGGCCAUGUUGGGGAGAGCUCCAUGAUAUCGUCGUCACCGGCUGGAUCAAUGACCCCCGAGCCUAUGAAUGAGGAUGCUCGCAUUGUUGAUGGUAUGACUUUUGACGCGGAUGUUAUUGAUACCACUGCCAGAACUCCUCGAUUGGUUACCACGCCUGGUCACAGUAGCAGUGCGUUUGGCUCGCCAGGCCGGGAUUAG